UGUUUUUUUUUUCAUCGUUGUUGGCUUAUUGUAUUUCAUUUCUGCUUUUGCAGAAGUUUCACAAUCAUUUGGAAAACAAAAAAAUUAUGAUUAUUAUCCAUAUGCUUAAUCAAUUUAAAUCACUCUUAUUGUCGAUCAUUACGCUUUGCCGACGAGCGUUAUGUUGUUUUUCACGCCGACGAAAGUCAUCGUUUAGCGAGUGUGAAAUGUUAACUAGUGUAAAUGUAGUCAACAGUAGCCACGAAACAAGACAUCAUCGUGGUGAGGUUGAUCGGGAUUGGAACUCAUGGGAUGAUUCACCGCGAACAGUCACCGAACACAUUGAACAGUAUCGACAGAAAUUGGUCCAACCAAAAAACGAAGAAAACAACGAGCCGGCAAUUGAUUUCUUUCAAGAUAUGGCUCCAAGUGUGAUUAAACAAAAGAAAGUGUUUAUUGAUACGAAUAAAAAUGGCGAUGAGAAUUUUUCUCGUUUGCAAGCAACGGGUGCGGCUGCCAUUCCACGCUUACAAACGGCUGAACUGGAGGAUUGGAGUGAUCACGAUAAUGAUGAUCACGAGGAAACUGGUUGGGAAGAAGUCAACGAUGAAAUGACCAAAGAAAUGAUACGAGAAAAACGACGGGAAGCAAGAGCACAACGACAUCAACGGCUACAACAACAAAAACUCCAACAAAACCAAAUGAAAAGUGGCCUUUAUCCGCAUGCACAUCCGUGAAAUGUAAUAAACAUUUUUAGACAUGUUUAUUUCCAGUUUGCGUUUGAUUUCAUUUCAAAUAGCAUUUAGUUAGAUGUUUAAGAUGAAUUUUAUUGUGCAAAGCAUUUUACUGUAUAGGUAUACAUAGACAGAUGAACUAGCAGAUGAACAAAAAUUGAUCUUUAAAGCAAUUGAACUCACAUUUACUACAAUUUAGCAAAGAAAAAACACAGUUUCAUUUAGAUGUGAGAUGCAAUUCAGUUUUCGAUAUGUGAAUUCGUAUUUUAAAUUGUUUUGUUUGUUUGAUAUUUGUAUUGAAUGGGGAAAACAAUAAAGUGUAUUUAAGAUUCCAGAA